CGGUGAUGACAGGGACACGUAAAGGAGUAGUGAGCAGGCUGAGAGGAAGUAACAUGCACGUCCUGGGUAUUCACUGUAUGGCACACCGCCUGGAACUAGCUUUCAAGGAUGCCAUUAAGAGCUGCUCUAUGGCAAAACAGAUUGAAGAUGUGCUGUCAGGGCUGCAUACAUUCUAUUGUAAAAGUGCUCUCAACAGGGCAAACCUAAAGCACAGCUUCAAGAUUCUGGGCCAGAAUCCCCUUGUACCAACUAGGGUUGGAGGCACCAGGUGGGUUUGUCACCUCUUCAGGGCCACUGACUAUUUUUUGAGGAGUUACCAGGGACUUACCCAGCACCUAGACCAGAUUCAGUCACCAGAUGCUGAAGGGGUGAAUGCAGUGCAGAAGAGCAAAGCACGCCACUACUUCCAAACCUGCCGGGAUCCAGCAUUUUUCAUGUUUUGCAACUUCAUGCAUGAUUGCCUGACUCACCUCAGCAGCCUCUCUCUGACUCUUCAAACCUAUCAGCUAUCACAGUGGCUGAAGUACACAGCUGCUCACAAAAUACAAAACCAGACCUGGGCCCAAGCUGAAAGCCUGUAUGAAGGAGCACGAGAAUGAUGACAGCGUCCUAAACCGUGUCAUGAAGGCCAAGUUUGAGCUGUUCGCUCUGCAAAGUCGCUUCACCGACAUGACCAUAGGGAUUCUCCAAGCUACAAAGUUAGUGAAUCUGAACAGUUGGCCUGACGCAGAUCCCUCUAAAGAAUUUGGUGAAUCAGAAGUGGAGGAAUUAACUACACACUUCCAGAGCAUCCUGACAUCCUCGGGGGUCGUUGUUGAGCUCAUCCCAGAUCAGUGGACCAUACUCAAGACCAGACUGUAUGAGACGGG